CGGAAAUCGAUUCAUUUUUCGGCUUUUAAAAACUGUUUUAUUGCGAAUAGAUUUGAAUGGUUGUUUGUAACGGCAAGGAAGAUUGAGUGAAAAAUUAAAGCGACGACAUUUUUUUGAGCUAUCAUCGAUGUUCGAAUGAUACGAUGGCAGAGCGGCCUCGCCGCAAGACUGCAAAAGGGAGAUCCUAUGGCCAGAGGAGACCUCCACUGACCCACAUUUUGAAAAGUAUCUUGGAAAGAUACCCUGAUGGAGGACAAAUCUUAAAGGAAAUCAUUCAGAAUGCAGACGACGCAGGCGCCACAAAGGUGUCCUUUCUCCUUGAUUCGCGUCAAGACUUUUACGGAAAGAACUCGCUUGUCAAACCCACUCUUUCUCAGUUCCAGGGCCCUGCUUUAUAUGCUCAGAACAAUGCUCUGUUUGAGGAAAGUGAUUGGGACAACUUACAGAGACUGAUGGAUAGCAGUAAGAAGGAUGACCCUUUAAAAGUUGGUCGAUUUGGAAUUGGCUUCAACUCAGUUUAUCAUAUAACUGAUCUUCCCAGCAUCGUGAGUGGGGAUUCUAUUGUAUUUCUUGACCCUCACGAAACACACUUUGGUAGAGGGGAAACGGGACAGCAAUUUUCCCUUGAGGAUGAGCUCCUCGAAGAUCACGAAGACCAGUUCAAGCCGUACGAGAAUGUCUUGGACUGCAACAUUUCAACUCAAUUUUACUAUGGUACUUUGUUUCGUUUUCCGUUACGAAGUGCACCGUCAGAUUUAUCCAAAAAGGUUUAUAGUAAGGAAAAAGUUGGAAAAUUAUUUCAAGCCCUCAAAGAGGAAGCUCCUGUCAUCCUGCUCUUCCUGAAGAACAUUGAAGAAAUUGCUCUGUUUAAAACUGAUGAAAGAGGCGUUCAAAGACAUCUCUUUACAGUUCGAUUAAGUGACAGCUGUCGGCAAGAAGCUAGAGAGAAGAAGAGAAAGUUUUUCAGUGAUUUGAGAAGGCUGAGUUACGGGCAAGUUGAAAACGUAAGUCUUUCUUUAGAUUUGCAUAUCGUCGAAGUGACUGAAGGAAAAAGAGCAGUGGAAAAUAGAUGGCUUGUGUACCACCAGGUUGAUGCUAAAAAUUCAACACUCAAACAGUUGUCAUUACAGUUGGGUCUUCUGCCUUGGGUGGGUUGUGCUACACCAGUGAAUGCAGCCAAACCUCAAGCUCUCUCAUCAAGUACUGGAAGAAUAUUCUGCUUUUUACCGCUUCCACCAGACGCUGACUCGAAGACCGGUUUGCCAGUUCACGUGCAUGGCUACUUUGGCCUCACAGACAAUCGACGUGGUCUAAAAUGGCCAGGGCUUGACUGUCAGGAUGAUCCAACCGCAGAAUGGAAUGUGUCACUGGUGAAGCAUGUUGCAAGUAAGGCCUAUGCCAACGUGUUGUUGCGUCUUAGAGAAUCAUGUAAUUCUUCAGUUGGAGCAGACUUCGUGUACAACUCCUGGCCAAACAUUCAGGAAGUUGAGAAACACUGGAAGUGUAUGCUGAAGCCUAUGUUCUCGAUUUUACUAACAAAAAACGUCUUCUGGACCCCUGCGAAUCAUGGUCAGUGGAAAAACCUCAGUGACGCUUACCUUGACAAAAUGAAAAGCCAAUUUCGGAAGGUAACCGAUGAAACAAGAUGUGUGGUUCUAGAAACAUUGACCCAAGCAAAUGAGGCUGUUGUAGUCGUCCCAAGUCAUGUCAUGAUUGCCAUUGAUAAAUACACGCCAGUACCUACGAAGAGCAUCACCCCCGCAUUCUUAAGAGCCCUGCUGAAAAAGAAAAACCAGGGAGGUUGGAAGAUAAACAAUGUACCGAGGAAUAAGAAGCUUUUACUACUUGAAUUUUCCCUAGAGGACAAGAACCUGGGCGACAUGCAUGGUGUCCAACUUCUACCCCUUGCAGAUGGAAGUUUUAUUGAUUUCCGAAUUCUUCAGUACAGCCGUGAGCCAGACGCUGCUGUGUAUGUUUCCUCAUCAGGUAAUCCCCGUUCCAUUUUCCACAACAUGGACAACAAGUUCCUCGACGACAACGUUCAAACUCCAGCCAUUACAUAUUUGUCUAGGGUUGCUCCUGAUGCUAACAGUUUCAACACAAUCCAACCCUUGCAACUCGUUAAGUUAAACCAAACCAGGACCCUCCAGCUCCUGCGAGAAAUGCUUCCAGCGGAAUGGUAUAGAGGAAAUCAAUCAGUGCCUUGGUACCCAGGCAAGAAUGGUCAUCCAUCAGAGCACUGGUUGGAGUCAGUAUGGAAGUGGACUCAGGAAAUGCUCCCUGAUCUCUCAGUGCUUGAAGAACUCCCGCUCAUUCCACAUACAUGUGCUGGAAACCGAAACAUGGUAAAGCUGAGUUCAUCAAGCUUGGUUAUUAGAAAACAUAACUGGAGUAUUUCUUUACCGCCGCUUAUUUUGUCUAUGCUUGGAAAAAUUGGCUGCAUUAUUGUAGAAAGUCUUCCAUCCUACAUUCAUCACAACACCCUACAGAGAUACGUCGCCUCACCUGAUCCUAAAGGCGUCAUGAAGGUCUUAUGCAGGUUGGGUCAAGACAGAUGCGUAUCAACGAUUACCCAUUGUUCCACAGAUGAGAAGCGAGCGUUACGAAGUUUUCUCUCUUCCGCGUCCUUAAGUGAUGAUGAAAGAAAUCUCCUUUAUCACCUUCCUAUUUUUGAUGCAGCAGAUAGAAACUCCUUCAUUGCUGUCAUAAAUGGAUUUAAAGUUCAUGAAGUAUCACCAUAUGGAUUCGAACUUCCCCAAUCCUUGCCAAUACCAAGAGCGUCCUCAGUCAUUGUCUUGAGAGAUAGCGAAUCUUAUGUACUGAUUCAAAGACUUGGAAUCCCACCGAUGAAACAAACGACCUUCUUAAAGAACAUUGUCUUUACUGGUAUACGGAGCAAUUUCUAUAGUCACCAACAGAUCUCUACAUUGAUGAGGUGGGUACUUUGCCAGUAUUCCCUUUUUUGCAAGGAAGACAGCUCAUUUCAUGCAUCCCUUCAACAACUGCCCUUUGUUCUCACCAGAAGCAACAAGUUAGUUACUCCCUGUUGCGUUCUAGAUCCACACCAACCCGUCUUGGAGCGACUUUUUGAUAGCGAAAACGACAAAUUUCCAAAUGAAAGCUUCGUCACAGAUGAAAUUCUUCUACGUCUUCGGCGACUUGGAAUGAGGAGUAUUCCAAACAGAGAGGACAUUCAACAUGUUGCUAAAACAGUAGAGAGUUUCAACAGUGAUGUGGGAUCCCGUAAAGCAUCAGCCUUGUUGGAGUUCCUUGACCAAAACCCACCUGACAAGUCCUUGGGUCAAGCUCUGAUGAACGAGAGAUGGGUCCCAAGAAAGCAGAGUCGUCUCUCUUCCUAUCCAAGUGCAAUGCCUUGGUUUUCAGGAACAACGCAUUUCUAAAAACCAUCUGAAAUCU